AUGGGAUGCGGGGCCAGCGUUUUUGCCGCAGCGACGACGUCGUCACCACGAAGUCCUCAAAAGCUAAAAGCGCAGGGGACGGCCUGGAAGUGUGUGGGCGUGUAGUUCAGUUGUGAGCACGCAAACGUGCUGCAGGGAUUGUAGGUGUACCUCGUCGGGCUUGUGUUCCCCUUUCUUGCUAAUAGUGUGCGUGUUCUUUAGAUCUUCUGAUGGCUCUAGCAUUUUUGUGACCACGGACCGAGUCUUUGCUAGAUUUUGGGAUUAGCAACUGACACGAGUUUAAUGUGAAGAAAACAACA